AUGUCCUCCUCAACCAACCGACUCCCCAUCGCACCAGAAAAAUCCUAUUUCGAACAGCAGCGCGAGAUUUUACUAGGGGAAAUAGCUGUUGUAAGAAACGAAUUCUUAUUACUCUCUAAUUUCUCUUCCCUUUAAACUCAAUGGUCCUUCUGGGUACCUCCUCUCUUCACCUCUUGCCCUCUCCUCGAUAUAUCUAUGAUUUCUCAAUUGCUUUUCGCAAUUCUCCUUCUGUCUUCUCUAGCAAUGACUUUUCUUUUUAUCUUGCCGCGUUUUCCCAUCUCAAGUACUCGGUUUAGCUUUGUCUAGCUUAAAUCACAUUGCUCAAAUCUGCCCUGCUUUACUUUACCAUAUCUUUUGUGUUUUAUGCAAUGAGCAAUUAGCAUGCGUAAUUCGCAGUUCCGCAUCACAAAUCACCAGAAAAUCAAGAACAAUCACUAAUCAAACCCACCCACCUUUAGAGUUUUGAACACGUCCUCUCGAGUAUAAAUAAACUAAAUCGUUCUUUAGAGGGCGUUAUUGCCGUAUGUCAUUCUAUCCUCAUCUUCCUCCUCUUCCUUCCCUCUCCCAUCUUCCCUCUCCCCAUCUUCCCCUCUCCCCUUCAUCAAACCACCAAAAUCCACCAAAAUCUAACCCCUGCCCCUCCCCAAAAACAGGUCGGAAACGAAUUCUCCUCCGUCGAAGCCCUCUGGUCCCAAUUCGAAAACGUAAUGGCUAAGAACCCCGAUCCUUCUACCUCUACCUCUACCUCACCCGAAGAUGCAAAUAUACCCGAAGACGAGAUAUUUAAAUCUAAAUCCAGGAGGAAAGAAAACAGAGAAGAAGAAGAAGAAGGAGGAGGAGGAGAGGAAACGAUUAUGGGCGGAGAGAACGAGAGAUGAAAAUGCGGAGUUAGGAGUUUGGUUUGGAUUGGAGAGGCGAGGAGCGAGGAAGUGAGGAUUACGUGUUUGUGGU